UGGAUCGCGGUGAACGCUGCAUUGAUCGUGUAUUCAUACACAUACACAACUACACGAUUGCAAGGCAAACCAAAGAUCGAGAGAAGAGAAAAAAAAGCACGCUGCAUAAUAUAAACAAUCUUAUUCUUCAUUAUGUAUUUUGAGCUACAUGUGCGCCAUAUCGUUUGUUUUUGUUGAACUCAGUGGUCAUGAAUUUUUUGUGUGCAUUCAUUUUGAUCAAAUCAAAACCAUAACGAAAAUAUAAUACUUGCAAUAUUGUGAAAUUCUACUUACCAAAUUAAACGGUGACGAUAAAAUGCUGUUGUAAAAAAAAGAAUUUGAAGAAAUUUACAUAAAGUGUUAUUCAUACAGAUUGUGUAUCGGAAUCAGUAGCAAACAGGUGUGCGCACACCGUUGAUCGUGUGCUUUGGCAAUACUGUCUGUGAUCGUGUGGCGCGAGCUAGUGACAUUAUCCGUCGCACUGGUGGUGUGUCUUAUUUUUAAAUGCAAAACAAUUAUCUGCAUUCGAUGUAAUUGAUGGGUGCGUGCUUAACAUUGGAGCGCGAUGAAAUGAUCGCACGUAAACGCAGUGAAGAGAUCGAUAAGCAAUUAGAUGCUCUGGCUAAAGAACGACCCAGAAUACUUAAAAUACUUUUGCUCGGAGCUGGCGAAAGCGGCAAAAGUACAUGGGUGAAACAAAUGAAAAUCAUCCACACGGAUGGUUUUUCCCAAUCGGAACUAUCGGCUUUUCGUCCAACGGUUUUGGACAACCUACUGGCAUCAAUGAAAUAUGUUUUGACUGGCAUGGGUUUGUUGCGCAUCAAUUUGGAGCAUUCAUCGAAUAAAGUGUAUGCUGAAAUCAUUCUAUCGAGUCUUAGUUGUUUUGAUAUGGAAUUUAAAAUUAUCGAUCGUGUUCGAAGUGCGCUAAAAGUAUUAUGGAAAGACCGUGGAAUUCGAUUGGCAGUAGCAAGAGGCUACGAUUACGAAUUAAAUGAUUCAGCACUUUAUCUAUUCGAGAAUAUGGACAGAAUUUGUGAUGAUAAUUACAUACCAACACCAACCGAUGUACUGCGUGCACGAGUUCGUACCAAUGGCAUCAUCGAAACAAACUUCCGAGUUAAUGACACCAUUAUCAGCAUGUACGAUGUUGGUGGUCAGCGAUCUCAGCGCCGAAAAUGGGUGUACUGUUUUGAAGAUGUGCGAGCUGUAUUAUUUGUGGUCGCACUCAGUGGCUACGACAUGACACUGCUGGAGGAUACAACCGUUAAUCGCCUUGAAGAGAGUCUCAAUUUAUUCGAGCAAAUUGUCAACAAUCGUUGGUUCAAAGAAGCCUCGUUCGUUUUGUUCCUCAACAAAUUAGAUUUAUUCCGUGAAAAAAUUAUGUCGAGCAGUCGUCAUUUAAGAAACUUCUUCCCUGAUUAUAAUGGUCCCGAUCGAAAUAUAGACCAAGCUGCCUUAUUUAUACAGAAAAAAUUUCUGCAACGUAAUCAUAAUGCACGUCGUGUAAUCUGCCCACAUUUUACCACCGCCACUGAUACAGCAAAUGUUCAAACCGUCUUCCAGGUCGUCAUGGAAACUGUGAUUAAAGAAAAUUUGGGCAAUGUUACACUACUUUGAUCACCCCCUUUUUUUAAAUAAGAAAGAAAAAAGAGCUAAUUUUAUUUAUACCUUUUAUUAUUUAGAGAGAUUGCGGUUUAUAAUAUAUAUAUAUAUAUAUAUAUAUAUUUUCAAAGAUCUACGAAACUUAUCACAAGUGCGAAAUAUGAAUAUAUUUAGAUUCAAUAAUUUUUUUUAAAAGGCACUUAAUUUACCAGGUGUAUACAGUAUUUGUUUUUUUAAAUUUUGAACCUAUCUCCGUCUCUAAAAUGUUAACCCUCUAAUGCAUUAAUUUUUUUUCGACAUGAGAACUAUUUUUCUAUGAUUAUUUUGGUUUAAAAUGCCUUAAAAAAUAAUCGAAAUUCAAAAAAUUAUUAUUAUUAACAUAGUUUACUCCAAAAAUGCUAUUGACACAAUUGGAAAACAAUCGAAUCCAUUGUUUAAACUACUAUAAAAUUGCUAUAAACAAAGAGAGAGAUAUUUUUUUAUCAAAUUUUUGUUUUCGCGUACAUCUGUGUUUAUAAUUAAACAUCCGCUUUAUAUUCACUUGUCAAAUGACUGGCAAAUGAAAGCUUGGACCCUGCUGAAUAUAUUUUAAUUCUUAAAAUAGAAUCAUUUGGUUUUUAUUAUAUAUUUUAGACAAUAAUUCAUACACCCUGCCUAAAGGCAGGGCUAUGCACUAGAGGGUUAAUAUUGCCUUCAAUUUUGUACAUUAUUCGAAAUUUAUAUGCUCAGUUUAACCGCUUCUGUGGCAUUAUGAGGACACUUUAAAAUUGAGUAAAAAAUCGUCAAAAUUUAUGCUGAAAUCAAUUAAAACAUUCGGUUUAAGCGAAAAUUUCUAAAAGGACCUAUUUUCGUGAGGAAAGUAAGAAAAUGGAAAAUAUCAAGUUAAAAAAAAUGUCAACAUUUAAAUUUACCGAAAAUAAGAAAAAAAAUUGUGAAAGUGCCCUUAUUAUACGAAUAACAUUAGGCAUUUUAAUAUCUCCAUUUUUCUCUAAAAUUCCAUUAUCAAAUUUCAUUUUUAAAAAAAUCACCAGAUUCUCUUAAAUUAAAUCAACGAAUGACAAAAAUCAUCGAUAACGAUCUCAACGCACGCAAUUCAAUCAAUUCAAUCAUACUGAUUAUUCAUUUUUCUUUCUCUUUUUUUUCAUUUGUGAUUUUGUGAGUAAUUUUUGUCAUUUAUAUUCACAAUCAUUUUUUCGUUAAAUUGUUAGAGAAUAAUAAAACCGACUUUA